GUCUACACAAUCCCACGGGCUCGACUCAAGCCGCUCAUCGCCAAGCCCACUUCCAUCUGGCUGCAUCGAAGAAGCUUGCAUGUUCACACCAAUGUCUCUACCAACACGCGUCAAUUGCUAGUGGCUCCGCAGUGUCGCUGGCAUGUUAUGCUCACAGAAUGGCGAUCUGCAAGAUGCAAUUUGCUUGCUUGCUUUGACUACGGAACGUCCAAAAGAGCCAGACAAGAUCGCAUCAGAACUCGGAAGUCCUCAUAUUGACAUUGAUGCAAGCUCAGCUGAGGAUCACCAUUCACCAAUCACCGGUGACGGAUGCAAUCGUGGAGAUUGAAAUGAAGAAGGAAGAAGAGGACAUGUUCGAAGUCGUACAUGAUGCGAAAGGAUCAGGCAAUCAACAGGAUCUUGCUUCCAUGCGCAACAAAGUUCUUGAUCGCUUGGCUGAGAUUCUUGUCACAGUGAAAACGAAUCGCGCAGGCCAGAGUCGGACCUUAAGCUUCCUCGAACCAAAGCAUGUUUCUGCUACCUCCAUGAUCAUAGGCGACCCAUCCACGGCGGUCGGUAUCUUCUGUUCAAGGGACAGGGAAAUUGAUCAGCGGGGUCAUGGCUGUCCUUUUUCUUCUAUACUGUCGCCUAUUCAGACCGGUCAACAAUAUUCCCUAGUUUUACUCUCCAGAAUGGACGAGCUUUGGGUUUGCUCAAUGCAAAUCCUCAGCUGAAUGACGAGGACUUACAGAUAAUUACAUGAACUUCGCUUCGAGUA